AUGGCACCGCGUAUUUUGCAAAACAGUGCGGCUUCCCGCCCCCGCGCUCACUUCACCGCAAAGCCAGAAGCCAUCGUUCACACCUCCAAGAUGUUCAAAAACCAUGCCCAGCACAAUACCACAGCACGGAGCAAGGCAGCGCCGCUCACCAAGUACGAGCUCACAUCCAAGCCUCACGGCAUCUCCAAAUACAAAUCACAGGGACGUGGCCCGACCCGCCAAGUUCGCAAACCAGACCAUCCGCUCUUCAUGCUCUUCGACGCCGCCUCUCCAGCCACUGCAACCCUCCCCUCUCCCCAUCAAAGCGCUCACCCCCUCCUCCCCCUCACAGAAUCGUCAACCACCUACCGCAACACCAUCAUCACCAACGCCCAAGACUCCCUCCUCGCCACCCGCCACGCCCUCGAACACCGCCUAACCAGCACCAACGGCGCCGGCGAACAGCAACAGCAGCAGCAGGAGGAGGAGGAGCACAACCCACCCGCCCGCAACACCACUCCGCCCAACCCCUUCGCCGCCGCCGCCGCCUUCUCCCCGCCGCCGGAUCCCAACCGCCUCCCCACGGCCGCCGAGCUGCGGGAAUCGCACAACGCCCUCGUCGCCAAGGUCACUGCGCCGUUUGGCGAGACGAAGGUCGUGCGUGGCCGUGGCGGUAUCAAGGCAGGGAGAGGAGUCGACGACGACGCCGCCGCCGCCGCCGCGCAUGAUGGUGGUGGUGGUGGUGGGGGGCAGCAGAAGGGGGAAAUGGAGGAGGUGGGUGAUGAUGUCCUGGCGGCGGGGCAACAGGGACAGCAGCCGCUGGCGGCGGUGAUGGCGGAUUUCGCGGCGGUGGUGGCGCGCGAGGAGAAGAGGCUGCGCGAGCUUGGGGGCAGGUGGGUGCAGACGAGGGCGGAGAUACGGUUGUUGGCGGAGGACAUAUUCGGUGAGGCGGCUGUGAGGGAUAUGGUGAAGGGGAAGAAGGGGAAGGCGGGCGGGGAGGUGGUGGAGGAGGUUGGGAGGGGGUUGGGGAAGGUUGAGGUGGAGGCGUUGAGGAGGGUUGUGGAGGAGAUGGUGGGGGAGGCGGCGGGGGAGGCGGAGCGCGUGAGGGAGGCGGAGAGGAAGGUGAAGAGGGAGCAGAGGAAGAUGAUAUUGGCGACGGUGAAGAGGAUGGAGGAGUUGUAG